UUUUUUCUUUAUAAUGUCUGAUGUGGUUUUUUCGUCAAGUGAUUUGAUUCGACAACUUGGAGAAAUUCCGCCUGAAUAUAUUGGGAAAGAAAGAUUUAACAGAUUGAUAAAAAUUUGUGGAAGAUUGUCACUUCGCGCAAAAGAUGGAAACAUUACUGGAGGUCAAUUUCAAAUGGCUUGCGGUCCUGUUUCUGGGCGAAUAGAUGAUAUUUGUACUCAAAUUGAUGAUGAAAUUAGUAAAGCUGAGGAAGAGAAGAAAAAAAUUAUUGAGCGUGAAGCAACGAGUACAUCUAAACAAAAACCAAGAAAACGGAAGAAGAGUAUUCAAUAUAAUUCAUUAACUACUCAAAUGCCGGAUCCACUUCCUGUUGGACUUUCUUUAGAUAGAACUCCAUUCUGGUUCAUGGAAUAUCCUCAUUAUGUUAUUCAGUUGGCAAAAGAUUUGGAAUGUGAACAAGUGUUUGCUUUUGAUUUGGAGAGAACAAUUCCUUUUCGUCAUGGCACGAAUAGUAAAGUGUGUUUACUACAAAUCUCUACACAAAAUAAGGAUUUUGUAAUCGACACAUUGGCAAAUGGAAUGAAAAGUGCCGUUACUAAUUAUCUCAAACAAGCUUUUGAAAAUCCGCAGAUUAUUAAGAUUGUCCACGGCAAUGAUGAUGCAAAAUGGUUAAGAACCGUUUUCGACAUUAAAAUUAAAAAUGUUUUCGAUACCAGCACCUCUCGUUGUAAUCUGCAACAACUUGUUUAUAUUGCUUGCGGUAUUAAAUUGGAUAAACGAUAUCAAACUGCGGAUUGGAUGAGACGCCCUCUAAGUCGAGACAUGGUUGAAUAUGCUCGAUUGGAUACGCAUUAUUUAAUCAAUUGCUGGCAGUAUUUAAUGAAAACAAGCCGUAGUUUAUCAAAUUAUUCAGUAAUUUAA